AUGACUAACUUUGAGAAAGAAACAGGCAAGGGUUUUUCACAAAGACAACUUAAAAAUAGGUGGGAUGCCCUAAAAAAAGAAUGGAAAGCUUGGAAGAAACUUAAAGGCAAAGAUACUGGUCUAGAGUGGAAUCCUAUAAAAAAAACCGUUGAUGCAUCGGAUGAUUGGUGGGAGAGUAGGCUAAAGGUUGUGCCUGAAGCUCAAAAAUUUAGAACAUCGGGCAUUGAUCCUGAAUUCGAAGGGAAGUUAGACCAAAUAUUCAUGGGGAUAGUUGCAACAGGUGAUAAAGCAUGGGCACCUUUUUCUGGUACACUCCGUAGUGAUAUUUUUGAAGAUGUUAACAAUGAAAUACCUGAAGAGAAUGAAGAAGAAAAUGUGAGAAAUGAUGUUCGCAUUUUAAAUGAUGUUCACAUUUCAAAUGAUGUUCACAUUUCAAAUGAUGUUCAAAUUGAUGGAAACGGUCAAAAAAGGAAAAACCCUGAGAUAUCAAGUUCACAUUUUAAAACUUGA